GCCACAAAAGUAACCCCUCGCUCCAAAACAUCAAAAUCCUCAAUACAGUCUCGUUUUGAAUAUGAGAUGUUCGAGACGGUCGAAUGUAACUUGCAGACUCCUGAAGAUGACAAGGGUUCUGACACGAUCUCUGACCCACAGAUGUUUGAGGCAGUCGAGUGUAAGGUGGAGCCACAUGAAGAGAACACGGGAUUUGACACAGUUCCUGACCCACAGAUGUUCGAGGCAGUUCAGUGUAAGGCAGAGCCACAUGAAGACAACACAGAAUCUGACACAGUUCCUGAGCCAGAGUUUUUUGAAGGAGUCGAGUGUAAAGUGGAGCCUCUUGAAGACGACACAAGAUCUGACUCACCUUCUGAACCGCAGGACUUCGUAUUUGUGACGGUGAAGACGGAACCUUCUCAGGCAUCUGCAUCAGCAACCAAAGGAGCUGACAGCACAAAAACAGGUGGCGGAGCAGCUUCACACCCGUCACCGGCUCUACCGUCAGUUACCGGUCGAAAACAAAAAUCGAUUAUCCACAGCCAGGCCAGAAAAAUAAUAUUAAAUGUGGCAUACUGUUGUGACCUGGAGAAACAGAAGAAGCAGCUGAUCUUCCCACUGAACGAGCCGCUGAAGCGAGCCGCCGUCUACACCGGGAGGACUGUGGAGAGCCUGCUGGAGUUGCGGGAGUCUCCUGCGGCAGACGCUGGCGGCGGCUCUCCGAUGCCCGUUCCCAACAAGAAGAGGAAAUUGAAUGAUGAGAAAAUUGACAACUUUGACGAGCGAGUCUUGAGGGAGACGAUCGAGGAGUUCUACACGAUGCGGAAAGCGGUACCCACGCUGGGGAAGCUCGUGUCCGCCCUGCGAGAGAAGACGGGCCUGGAGUGUGAGAGCGCCGCUCUGAGGAAGAGGUUGAAAUCGAUGGGGGACGGAAGAGCGGCGGGCGGCGGCGGUGCGCUGGUCGUCCGGAGCGUCGGAUCCCGGAAGGGGUUCGUCAGAGAGGCCCAGCUGUCGUUCCGCGUCGGGUCCGCGAAGAAUUGGACCGGCACCGCCGACUUCGAGAAGUGGUUCGAGACGGGCGUGCUCCCGAACCUCCCGCCGGAGUCUGCCGUCGUGGUGGACGGUGCCCCGCACCACUGCAGGCGGGCCGACCCGGCGCCCUGCGUGUACGAUCCGAAGUCGCACAUGGUGACGUGGCUGCGCAGGAGGGGCGUCGCGUGCGACGAGACGAUGAUGAAGUACGUGCUGUGGGAGUUGAUUCGGGCAAACGGCGGCUCUCGGAAGGACUACAUUGUCGACCAGAUGGCUUCCGUACGGGGCCACUCGGUGGUCCGACUGCCGCCGAACGUCCGCGGACUGAGUGCGGCCGACCUGGCGUGGGAAAAAGUUGUAAAGUACGUCCGACAGCACACGGCCCCGGGGCUAUCGUUCGCCAAGCUGCAGAAGGUCGUGACCGCCGCCUUCCAGAGAGUUACUGCCACAGACUGGGAAGGCUACUGCGGGAAGGUGCGGGCCGUCGAGGAGGACUACUGGAGGCGCGACGGUGUCGCGGAGCGAGCUGUCGACGACGUCAUUCUGAACCCCGGCACGCCCGACAGCGGUGACGAGAGCGAGGACUCGAUCACGGAAGACGACGAGACCGAGAGCGACUGA